AUGCGAGCUAAAAUUACAGCUGAAAUGUCUCAAGCAAUUAAAGUUUAUACAUUUGAUCUUGAAGAAUUAAUAGAUGAAAGUUUUUAUGAAAAAGAAAAUUAUAAAAUAGAAAACAGAAUCUAUCGAUCACUAAAAGAUAUACUUAACUAUACAAUACCAGCAUGGUUAGAAAAUGGAGGCUUAAGCAUUCAAAACUCUGUUUUAAGAAUUCAACUUUCUGGUGAUAGGCAUAAUGUAGGAAAAAAAAUUAAACAUGUUAUGGUAAUAUUUACGCUUUUAAACAAUUCAUUAAAUUAUUAUGAACCCGAUUAUCAUUAUACUUUAAUACUUUAUCUGGGUAUUGAAAGUUAUGAAACAUUAAAAUUAGCAACAAAAUUAUUGAUAAAAGAUCUUAAUAAUAUUAAAACUAGGUUUAUAGAUUAUCAAAGAAGAAAAUAG